AUGGAUCAAUCUCAACAACAACAACAUCAUCAUCAUAAUCAACAACAUAAUCAACAAUAUAAUCAACAACAUAAUCAACAACAACAAGACCAGAAUAAUCAAGUUGCAUUGAAAAUUGGUUUGAUAGGGGAUUCUCAAAUAGGUAAAACAUCAUUAAUGGUAAAAUAUGUAGAAGGAUCAUUUGAUGAAGAUUAUAUACAAACAUUAGGCGUUAAUUUUAUGGAUAAACGUAUAACUAUUAGAAAUACAACAAUAAUGUUUUCAAUAUGGGAUUUAGGUGGACAAAAAGAAUUUAUAAAUAUGUUACCAUUAGUUUCAAAUGAUGCAGUUGCAAUUUUAUUUAUGUUUGAUUUAACAAGAAAAUCUACUUUAAAUUCAAUAAAGGAAUGGUAUAGACAGGUAAGAGGAUUUAAUAAAACUGCAAUUCCAUUUUUAGUAGGUACAAAAUAUGAUCAAUUUAUAGAUUUAUCAUUUCAAGAUCAAUUAGAAAUUACUCAACAAGCAAAAAAAUUUGGUACAGCAAUGAAAGCUCCAGUUAUUUUUUGUUCAACUAGUCAUUCUAUAAAUGUUCAAAAGAUUUUUAAAGUAAUAUUGUCAAAGGCUUUUGAUUUAAAAUUAAAUUUAGAUGAAAUUGUUAAUGUGGGUGAGCCAAUACUAAUAUUUAAAUAA